AUGAAUCUAUUGGAUCCACGUCAAUUAAUGAUGAAUCCAUUUGCAUAUAGUGUAGUGGACCCGGCAACAAUAGCAUUAUUAAAUACAACAUCCGGUACUCAAAGCAGUAAUGCUGGAAAAAUUGUUACUACUUCUAGCAAUUUACAUAAUAGUAACAGUUCGGGUAAUAGCAGCUUCCGAAUUUCUGAUAUUCUUGAUUCAAAUGAAGAUAAAGCGAAUACAAGUGGUGAAAAUGAAUUAUCAUCAUUGGGUGAAGAUGAACGAAGCGGGUCAACGGAAUCACAUCGUUCCGGUUGCAGUCCACAUUCUCAUUCCUCAAUUGGAUGUGGCAAAAAAGCUCGCAAAGCGCGAACAAUCUUUACUGAUAAACAACUACAGGAAUUAGAAGCAACAUUUGAUAAGCAGAAAUAUUUGAGUGUGCAAGAUCGAAUGGAUUUAGCACAACGGAUGGGCCUUUCGGAUACGCAAGUGAAGACGUGGUAUCAAAAUCGGCGGACUAAAUGGAAAAGGCAGGCAGCUGUUGGAAUGGAUCUAUUGAAUGAAGCAUCGAAUGUUGCGGCAAUUCAACAAUUGCUACGUACCAAUCCUUAUUGGGCCAACUAUAUGGCAGCUAAUGCGCUAAAUCAUCCAAGACUUUUCCCGCUACAAGCAGCAUCUUUACCACUUAGCAGCAUCUCUACCAUAUCAACCGCAACACAUAACAGUUUACCACCAUCUACAUCAUUUGUACCACUUGCGGUGCAAGCAGCACCACCAUCACCAAUAGCAUCAUCGUCAUCAGCAACGAAUACGGUGAUUACUGGAUCACCAAUAACAACUCUACCAUUAGCAAUGUUCCCAUUUCAAGUACCCACUUCAAACUUUACCUUAAAUCUUGUUCAAAGUUCACCAAUACCAGUAUCAGUUGAAAGGACGGAAGUAGAACCAUCCAAAUCGACUACCUCUAAGUAA